AUGUCCUUCUACCCUCCCUUCUUUAUCCUCUCUCUCCUAAAUGUCAACGGUUCUUCUGUGUUCGAGCAUCGCGUUAUCCCAACAAAGACUUAUAAAUGCAUGGUCAGCGAUAUACAAGACGUGGCGCAAUUAUGGACUAUGCAACGCUUGUUACUCUCCCAGUGGACCAACAAAACAUCCCUAGUUACGUUUAGAUAUAACUUUUAUCGAAAGAAGAUACAGUUGACAGAGGAAAAUCUCCAGGCCUUUGUCGCCGUGACACAAAAGGAAUGGCUGGGAUGUCACCUCCAGCACUUGACGGUGGUGGAUGUGCCAGCUGGCGAUGAUCAGACUAUAGCUGAAGAACGAGCCGUAGUCCUUCUACAAUGGGCUUUGACAAACCUGCGCGUCAACUCUGGACAUGGCCUUCUGGAAUCCCUUACUCUCACAUUUGAAAGAGAGGAAAAUGCCGGGGCACCCUGGAAGAGCACCUGGGAGGCUGCAGCGAAGCUCUUUCGUGUCAGUACGGUAGCACUUGAUACCAAGAGUACUUCGCCUGCAGCCGCUGUCUCCAACUCCUCCAUUACUCCCGAUUCACCAGCGGUCAAGUGCGUGGGAGACACGCUAAAUUAUGCCCUGGAAGGUAUCUUCGAGUUUGCAUUGAUUGCAAAGCGCAUGAAGGCUUUGAGAGGGAUGGGAACCGGGACCACGACCAUAACCUAG